AUGAUGCAGGACGAGGCUGUAGAUAUUCUACAGCAGAUAAAUAACGUAUCGGCUACAAUAUGCUCGAUCUUCAUUCAUGUUUUCAUUAUAUACCGCAUCAGAACCAAGUACUCUGUAUUCACACAGUAUCAAAACUUGCUCGUGGUUCAAUCUUCCAUAUACGCAGUAGGAUCAAUCUCUCAGUUGCUUGGGAAUACGAGGAUAACACUCGAUGGUAACGAACUACAAGGCUACUGGUUUACCUGUAAUCCAAAGGUACUUGACAUAAUCCUAGAAUAUACGCUGGAUAUGACUGAGUCAGCAGAAUCCAUUGUGAUAGCAGUAUUCAAUUUACAUCGAGUACUUCUUUUUGUGAGACCAUAUCUACUCAGAAGCUUUUAUCUGAUAGUUAUCCCAAUUGCCAUACUUUACUGCAUCUGUCAUGCAUAUGUCAACGCCAUUGAUAAGAACUACGCGUAUUACUCCAAAAUUGGAUUCUUUUUGAUCAUUUGUUCUGCAAUCAUCAUAUGUUAUAUAAUUUUAAGGAGAUAUUUUGCAUCGAAUAUAUCUUCGAAAAGAGUGCGUAGGAUGCAAGCACACUUAUCGAAGGGCAUAGUCGCGCAGAUUUGCGUUCACAUUACGGCCAUAGCGCUGUUAGGUCUAUGGAAUCCCAUAAAUAUUGUACUUGGGCUUUUUUUCGAAAGAAGUAAGAAAACAGAAGAGACCGUGUUCAAAGUGUAUUUGGUGGUUGCUUAUACCAUCUUCGUCUGGUAUUCCGCAGUCAUUGGCCUGAUUAUACGCUGGUCAAUAAUAGGCAUUUUGACGAGGAUUAAACCAGCGCAAACAUCUAGUUUUGUGAUCUGA